AUGGCAUUAAACACUUCAUUUGAGUCUGAUACAAACUUUGAUUAUGAAUCGACAGUUCGGCAGGUGAUCUCGGUGUUUUUAAUAAUAAUGUCUGGUAUAGGAAACCCUCUCGUCGUGUGUGCCAUCUACCGAUUUCGUAGUUUGCGAACAAUCUCGAAUUUGAUCAUUCUCAACUUGAGCAUAACGGAUUUGUUGUUUUCUCUCAUCACCGUCCCAGUAACCAUAUUCAUGCCGGCUGAAGACAAGUCAACCAAUUCCAGCGGCCUAUGUGUUUUCGCGGGCAUGACAGCUGGAAUGUUGGCCACCGCUUCAAUUUAUACUCUGGUAUUUAUAAGUUUCGAGAGAUUUCUUGCCACGAACUAUCCCAUGAAACAUAGAUCUAUUUUUAGCAAAAAAGCUGUUAAAAUAGGUCUUUUGGUUAUAUGGAUUUGCGUCACCAUCCAAUGUGGAGUCGUUUUUCUUACAACGCGCUACGUGUACAUAGAAAAGUUUUAUCAUUGUAUUGUUGACGUGGAGAACAGCAAAGAAAUGGCGUUGAUGAUGUUUCAUCUUGGCUAUUUGUUACCUCUACUGAUCCUCAUCUGCUGUAAUGUACUCAUUAUAAAAGCAGUCUUGAAAAGUAGACGGUUUGUGUCCGAACACGCAGCCGGUUCACAGCGCAAUAAUGUUGGAUUUUGUAAAGAACAUCAGGCAUCGCUUCUUACAAUAACUAUCAUCGUCGUGUUUCUUAUUCUGUGGACGCCAUAUUUUAUCGUAGGUUCUUCAUUGGCAUUCGAAAUUUUCAGUCUACCCAAGGAAUUUAUAUCGGCAUCGUUAUUACUGGCAAUUGCUAAUGCAUCUCUUAAUCCGUUGAUUUAUGGUGUGAUGAAUAAAAAUUUUCGCAUUGCUUUCAAAAAAAUCGUUUGCAGAAGUAAUUGA